UCAGCUUGCUGGAUGCACAAAUGUGUUAUCCAUUAGUCGUUAACUCUUGAUCGUUUUUUGUUCUAACCAGUAGUUCCUGACAUGGGGUUUUAAAAGCAAGAUUUUCUUUACAGUUCACUGCAAAAAUGCUGCUCGCGAUAGAUCUUCUGUUCCCAAUGGAGCCCCAUCGAACAAGAUUGAGACAAUGAGAAGAUUAACACAGACAACUGACUGACAAUCUGAGGAAUCCCUUUUUCUUUGAGUGACUGAUACUGACUGGCAGCAUGUUUGUAACUGCCUAUUUCGCACUUGUGGUUUUGGCUGGCCUCUGCAUUGGUCUAGAGCUUGCUUCUCGUCGACUGUCACCACAACAAGCAGCCACAACCACCGUCGCCAACCCUGCAUUCUGCCGCUUCCAGUCUCUCUUCCUGCGGGGCUACCUGCUGGCCCUGUGGGCAGACUGGCUCCAGGGCCCCUACCUGUACAAGCUCUACCGCCACUACAGCUUCCUGGAGUCUCAAAUAGCCAUACUGUAUGUGUGUGGGCUUGCUUCUUGCAUACUUUUUACCCCUGUGGCCGGCUGGCUCCCACAAGCCCUUGGCCGCAGACGCACCUGCCUGAUUUUUUGCCUGGUGUACUCGGCCUGCUGCAUUACCAAACUGUCACGGGACUACUUUGUGCUCAUCCUUGGACGCAUCCUAGGCGGCCUGUCCACCUCCCUGCUGACCACUUCCUUUGAGUCUUGGUACAUCCACCGGCACGUGGAUGUUCAUGACUUCCCUAAGGAGUGGAUCCCGGCCACCUUCGGCAAGGCGGCUAACUGGAACCACGGCCUCGCUGUCUGUGCCGGGCUUGUGGCCAACCUGUUUGCGGAGUGGCUGGACCUGGGUCCGGUGGCGCCCUUCCUGCUAGCCAUCCCAGCCCUGGCAGCCUGCGGCUGGGUGGUGCUGACUGACUGGGGCCAGGAGGAGAAAUCGGAGGGCGUUGAGGGCCGAGAUAAGAAUGGGCCCCUGCUCGGCGCCCCCCACACCGGACUGUCCUCUGCGGCUGGACGCUCGUCGGGUCGGGCGCGCUUCUGGCGCAGCUGCCUGGAGGGCCUGCGCUGCCUGCGGUCCGACCGGCGCGUGCUGCUGCUGGGCGGUGUGCAGGCGCUCUUUGAGAGCGUGCUGUACAUCUUCGUGUUCCUGUGGACGCCUGUGCUGGACCCGCACGGGCCGCCGCUGGGCAUCGUUUUCUCUUGUCUGAUGGCGGCCGGCCUGGCGGGCUCCAUCCUCUUCCGGCUGGCCACGUCCACCCGCUACCGGCUGCAGCCCGCUCACCUGCUGUGCCUGGCCGUGCUGCUGGCCUUCUUCUCCUUCUUCAUGCUCACCUUCUCCACGGCUCCCGGGCAGCCGCGGCCCCACGAGUCCCUGCUGGCCUUCCUCCUGCUGGAGCUGGCCUGCGGCCUCUACUUCCCGGCGGUCAGCUUCCUCCAGGGCCGCGUGAUUCCCGUGGAGCUGCGCGCUGGCGUGCUGGCCUGGUUCCGGCUGCCCCUGCACCUUCUGGCUUGCCUGGGGCUCCUGGCGCUGCACGGGGAGGUUUCGGGCACCGGAGGGGGGGAGGCAGGAGGGGGCACCCGGCACAUGUUUGCAGGCUGCGCUGGCAUGAUGCUAGCCGCCCUGCUGGCCGUGGUGAGCCUCUUUACUCUAGGGAGGAACGAUGCAAACCUUCGCCUGGAGGGCACUCGUGGGGAGGGAGAGAUCUGAUUAUGAUGAGCAGGAACUGCUGGGCGGAAGAUGAUGAGGACCAUGAACUUCGGCUAAUUAUUGGUUUCACACAUUUUUGCAUCUGAGUUUCCCUUUGUUAGCCAGUGGUACACACAUUAAAGAUUUUUCUUUUUGUUAUCUUA